AGGAACAAGAAGUUGCAACCACCAAGUAUAGUCUUGUAGAGAAAUCUUUUGACGUUGCAAAAGGCGAGAUUGUGAUAACUUAUGUGGUUGGCUUAAUGGACCAGAUCAAGGUCAUUGGCCCAAGGGUUGAUUUGUCUGGAUCCACUCAAGUUCGUAUUGAAUGA